AGCAGAGAUUAUCCAAAUAAACAGAGUGCCUUCUCUAUCUCUCUCCGGAGACUUCCAGAAACCAAAGCCUCCGACUAAAGCAAAACCCUUUGAGAAAUGUCCACGUCUCCUUUUAAAUAUCACCUCAAACCUACCUCCAUCUGAUUCUCUGUUGAGUUUCGCUUCAUUAUUUUGAGCUUCAUCGUUUCUAACUUCCUAUUUGCUUCGCCCUUGUCUUUUUUUUUUCAAUAAUCAGUAGUAAAAAUAGAAAAAUGUCGACGUCUUUCACAAAUUUGAGCGUCCCUUUGGCUCCAUCGUCCGAGAAAAACACUGGGUAUAAGAUUUCAUUGGCUAUAUUUCCGCCUCUGUUGAGACCAAUUGGUAAUAGAUACUACAGCAGUAUCAAGGCCAUGGCAGGAGGAGAAGGGAGAGACAACCUUGAUCACUUGCAGAGAGCAAGCAAGCAUCAAUCCCCUCAACCAAAGACCCGAGUAGCCCCAGCUGCACCAGUAGGGAUAUGGGAUCGUUUUCCGACAGCAAGGACAGUGCAGCAGAUGAUGGAGACGAUGGAGAGAAUGAUGGAGGACCCUUUUGCUUACAGCAGCACCUGGCCAUCGUCGACACUACAAGAGGGAGGGGGUUACAACAGCAGGAGGAGGACGCCAUGGGAGAUAAAAGAGGGGGAGCAAGAGUACGAGAUGAGGUUUGAUAUGCCCGGUAUGACCAGGAACGAUGUGAAGGUGUGGGUGGAGGAGAAGAUGUUGGUUGUUAAAGCCGAGAAGGUUCUAAAGAAGAAAGAUGAGGAUGGGCAACAUGGAAUUGAAGAAGAGAAAGAGGAGGAGUGGUCUCCCAAGAGCUACGGCAGGUAUAGCAGCCGAAUUGCUUUGCCGGAGAACGUCGAGUUCGAGAAGAUCAAAGCAGAGGUCAAAGAUGGAGUCUUGUAUAUAACCAUUCCCAAGGCCACCACUUCCACCAAAAUCUUGGACAUUAACGUCCAAUAACUUGUUUUUCUUUUCUUUUUCAUUGUCUGUGGUGUUUCUGAAGUGUAAUACAAUACCUUAAAAAGAUAGAACUUUCAGACUGUGAGUGAAGGUUUGAUACUUCCAACUUCGGUUUAA